CCCACAGCACACAAAGCGGCCCCGGGAAAACGACGCAAACUAACCCCCGAAGAAAAAGAACAACGAGCAAAAGACCGAGCAAUCCGCAAUCGCCAAGCCGCCCAAGACUCCCGCGAUAAGAAACGCAAAUACAUGGACGACCUCGAAGCCACCAACGCCGCGCUGCAGCAACACAACGCCAACCUCGCCAAACGCCUCGAAGUCACCGAACGCAGCAACUUCACCCUCAUGUCCCGCCUCGAGGACCUCGCGUCUCAGUUCGCUUCCAUCUCCAAACGAUUUAAACUCACCAGCUCUACCGACUAC